CAAUAAAUGAAACCAUGAAUGUCAUCGAGCAACCGCUGAAAACAAUUCAGGAUUUGUUCGACAAGAACUGGAAGAAGGGACAGCCAUCGGAAAAAGAUGAUUUUGGGGUCAUGAAACACUUCCAAAGCCUAUUCAAUACACGCGAAAAGCUUCAGAAGAUCCCUAUCCUCGACGCCGAAUCUAUUAAAACACUCCCUCUGCAUUCGCUCGUCAGGCUUCGAUGCAUGGUGCAGGAUACGGAGCUUUCACAGGAAGUUGGACUCUUCACCAGCACAAUCAUUUCGCAGCCAGACGGCGAAGAGAAAACGGUGUGUCAUAGGUAUUCUAGCGAGCCUCAAAUUGACCAUGAGUUGCGAGAUCACACUCAAGACACGAUUGAUCUCCUCAACAGCUACUAUUGCGUCUCUGUCCCUGGAGAAUCGCAAUGGGUCAAGGAUUAUGAGCGCUCAAAAAAGAAUUUGGAAAGACAAGUACAGGACAUGACUUUAGGCAGCAAUCAGCCGUCUGAAGUCAUCCCAGAGCGCUAUCCCUUUCCCAACGUUGAUCACUUUGCAGCAGUCAUCAAAACUCAUUCAUCCGAUUUAUCUAUUGGAGUGACAGAUGUGAUUGAAGUUAUAGGUGUCCUUGGCGCUAGUGACAGACUUAUGACAGAUGGAUCUUUUGAUUUCCAUGACGGAAAUAUCAACCCACCUAAAAUUGCUACUGUGCAUGCGAUCUUUAUGCAUAAGGUCGAAGACCAUGGACAUCCAGAACUGAGUCUGAAUGGCUAUCCUGAGGAAAAAGACUUGGAUCAUUUUCUUAAGGAAGCGAAGUCUAUCCGAGAGGAAUUGAUACGUUACAUUGCCACUGCUGUCUAUGGAGAUCAAUUGGCAGCUGAGUUAGUUCUUCUUCAUUUUUUGGCAAGAGUUCAUUCGAGACUCAAUGGAACUCUACUUGGAAAGUUUAGCUUGAAUCUCAGGGACUCAUCUUCUAACUCUUCGAUCUACGGCAAUCUCUCCAAGGUUAUGAGAAAUGUCCUGCCCAAGGUUCACACUAUACCGAUGAGCCUUGAGAACUUAAAUAAUAAUUUCUUUUUUCCACGCGGGGAUGAGUAUCUUUCUUCUGGUAUUUUACAGGUCACUCGGGGGACGGCCUUGCUUUUCGAUGAAACUGUGAUGGAAGAAGGAACACUUGUUGAAAAGGGUCUCAAGAACCUGAAGGCUAUCUCGGAUAUCAGUCAGUACCAGACCCUCAACUAUGUGUUCCCGUUUAAUACUCUUGAGUUCCAGACUGAUAUCUCAUUAUUAUUUUUGUCCAAUGGCAAUUCAUUGGUCCCUGUUGAUUGUGCAAUCACAUUGAAACCUGACCCGUCAACAUCUGAAGUGUUAAUAGAGCCCACCUUGGAGCAACUCAACUCUUUUCGUAAAUACAUCAGUGUACUUCGACUUGCAGAUUACAAAUUUUCAGAGGAGAUGGCCCAGGAAAUCGAAACUGAUUUUAUGGAGCAACGCAAAGCCGCUACCGCAGCUGGAACAAGUUUGACAACGCCCAACGAGCUUGCAUUCAAUAUUUCCCUAGCAAGGCUUGUAGCCUUGAGUCAAGGCGAGCAAACAUUGACCAGGCAAAGUUGGGACCAUGCAGUGUCUCUUUCAAGGCAAAUUGAAAGCAGAGGCAAGCAGUAAAAGGAUGCUGCAUAGGACCAAAAGUCAUCAUUGUCAUCGUUCAAUUGUUAUUAGUUUAGACUGUUAUGAAUAAAUAUGAAAGGC